GAUAUAUCUUGAGCAUUUCUGAUCAACCGUAGAGUGCAUAUAACACCAGACUCACCACACAUAACAUCAUCUACACUCGAAAACGAUGGGAACCUUGCUUAGGAACGCCUUCUUCCUCGUCGUAGCGCUCGCCAUCUACGCCUAUCAACCGACGAAACAACGGCUGGUCACCCUAGGCCUGACCCGCGGGUCCGUCAUCGAGAACGUUCACGGAUUCUCUAAAGAGUUGCGUGUUAUCGAGGAUACUAGGCACUGUGAAGACUUGCAUCUUUGGAAGGUCGAUGAUGGGAGUGCGUUGUUGAUCACGGCCUGUGAGGGAAGGGGGUCGCCGAGGUUCAAGUGGUUCCCGCCAAUGACGUUUUUCGACGGACCUGAAGAGUUGGGAAGUGGGGAUAUGACCGGUAGUAUUCAUGUGCUCGAUCCCGAGACCUUCACAUCCACCCGCCUCACCCUAGAAGAUUUCAAAGGACCCUUCGUAACGCAUGGGAUCGACCUCGUAACCGACCCGCAGGAUGAGAAUUCGGUUUAUAUACACGCUAUCAAUCAUCUUCCCAACCCCGACUACGACCCUGACCACAACUCUGACGACAACAUCAAAUCGAAGGAGCGAGAGAAGGCUCGGUCGCAGAUCGAAGUAUUCCACCAUACCCUCAAUUCCAACAAAGCUCGGCACAUAAGAUCCAUCCGUCAUCCUCUUAUAAGGACUCCGAACGAUAUAUACAGUAUCGCCCCAAGGGAGUUCUUGGUGACGAACGAUCAUAAACACAGAGAACAUGGCUUGAGGAGGACUGUGGAGGAUGUUUGGACGGGCGCUUGGGGGAGGGUUACGGAGACGGUUCAUGUGCGGGUCGAUCUUGAUGAUGGUAUCGAGAGUAGGGACGCAGCGGAAGGAGUACGGGUCGGGGUGGUUCUCAAGGGGAUGCAUAAUAAUAACGGGCUAGGACAUGGGGAUCCGGACAAGGAGGGGGAGGUUUUGGUCUGUGAUGCCGCUGGGGGGGUGUUACACCUCGCCCGGUUGUCCUCCUCCCAACCCUCCUCCCGGACCUCCUCGUCAUCGACGCCCUCGAUGACGAAAAAGCUGGAACUGGUGGAAUCCAUCCAAAUGGACUCGACCAUCGACAACCCGUCUUACUUCCACGACCCCUACCCGGAGACUAGGUGUGAUGCGAGCGGGUACGUCCUCGCUGGGCUCUUACGGGGGGCGGAUUAUGGGAAGUUCUUUAGGGAUGAGGGGCAUGUCGAUCCGAGCGUCGUCUGGAUCGUCUCCAGAAGCGAGAACAAGGACAAGAAAGAAAAGGAGAAGGAGGCGGGAAGUGAAGGAGGGGAUAGGUGGACGAGGCGGAUCGUCUUCCAGGACGACGGGGAGACGCUGAGUAGCGCUUCGACGGCGGUGGUCUUGCCUAUCGACCCGGCCACUAAUGGGGGGAAGAAGGAAGCGUGGAUCUGGGUGACGGGGCCUAGUAGUAAGGCGGUUGUGGCGACCAAGAUCGACCUGGCCGCUUUGUGCUAGUGCUGUACAUCGACACCGAACGGGAGGGCCAGAUACCUCUUACGAGAUUUGCGAGAGAGGUGAAUGAGGGCAGGGCCGUGUCCGAUUCGUAAUGCAUCAGCGCUUUAGCUAGUAAUUACGAAGGGCUGCUAAAUAUUCUCCAUCUCGUCGUAAUUCUGCUCAAAAUUGCUGUCCCAAUCUGAUAAUUGUCUAGUACUAUAGUGUCUAUCAGACCGCUUCCUAUCCAUCAUGAGCUACCA